AUGUCCCGAAUAGAUUAUACUCCAACAAGGCCUCUAGUCUUAUCCGAGUCACCGUCUGGUGUUCCACCGGACGGAUUCUGCCAGCAUCUCGAUCUGAUUGUCCGACUGGUGUAUAUCAUGACGGGAGAAUGUCCUCUGGACGUGUCGCGGAAACAAAUCAUCCAUUUUUUCAAGCCCAUCUCUGCCUACGCAGGGUAUCUGUCUAUUACUGCCUGGCUGUUCGCUCAAAUCCCCCAGGUCAUUAAGAACUACUCAGAGAAGUCAGUUGACGGUCUUUCACUCGGGUUUCUUUGCUGCUGGUUUGCCGGGGACCUGCUCAAUUUUGUGAGCUGUUUGAUGACGGAUGCAUUACUAUUCCAGAUCCUGCUCAGCUCAUAUUAUCUCAUCAUCGAUAUAGUUCUGGCCGGACAGUUUUACUACUACAGUCGACUGUAUCACAAUCCUCAGUCCCGGUUUUACCAUCAAAGACGUGCCAAGCGACUCGGCGAGAUCAAGACUCCUCGUACAGCGCUCCGAACAGCACUGGACGCCCAUCGCAUACGCGAGAUCGACGCUGACUCCAGCGAUCGCGCCUACAUUCCUGCAGAACAUAUAUCUUCCCCUAUCUCGAUGGGGAGGCAGCAACAACCUAACGAACUCAAGAUUACAAAUAGUGUAACAAAGCUGAUAAGCUCGAGCUUCGUGAUGGGGUUUGGCAGGGCCGAAGCUGCCCCCAUCAACUCGACUAUAUCCUCACAGAAUAAGACCAACAACUCUGCACUACUAAAAAUUUUCCACUCAUUAAUGACGCUCUCGGUGCAUCAGGUGGGAGCCGUACUGGCUUGGUGUUGCACUUUGCUAUACAUUAGUUCCAGAUUUCCGCAAAUUCUCACCAAUAACAGGCUCAAAUCGACGCGUGGUAUUUCUCCUAAAUUUGUCAUAUGCGCACUUCUAGGUAACUUGUGCUACUCGAUGUCGCUAUUAACGUGCAAGAACUCACUAAGCGGCGGUGACACGUCGCGGAAAUUCUGGCGUGCAGAGCUCAGCUACCUUUUGGGAGCCUUAGGCACGGUUGCCCUUGACUGCACGUUGCUCCUACAAUGGUACAAAUGGGAUUACAAUAGAGGUACUGUGAAAUCCCCCGAAAUAGAAGCAUCCACGACAAGUAGAGAAAGUACCUCAGGGGAGAACUACAUCAAAUUGAAAAGGUCAAACUCGCCUGCCACAAGGUCAGCAUACAUAAAGAUUCCGAUGUCCCCGCAUCAUGUUCGCAAGCUGAGUGAGAACACGCCACUGUCGCCUAUCGACUUUCUCCUGGACGACUACAUGGCGAACGCACAACUUUACAAGGGCAAAAAACAGUUCGAUGAGGUUUUGAAGCUGUCAAACUACGGAUCGAUAUCUUAA